UCGGUUCGAAUCAUUAUUAAAAUGCGCUUUACUUCACUUUCUAUUGCGUUCCUUGCAUGUGCCCUUGUGGUAUCUGGAAGUGCAAUCCGUGAAAAGAGACAGUGUGGAUGUGCUCAGCCACAGCAGAGCCAAUGCUCGUGCCAACAAGUUCAACAGACUCAGUCAUGCUCGUGCCAAUCUGCUCCAGUUCAACAACAAUCCCCAUCCUGCUCAUGCGCUCAGCCACAACAAACUCAACAAGUUCAGGUUCAAUCUACUCAAUGCGCCCCAGCUUGCCAACAGAGCUGCCAACAGCAAUGCCAGGCUUCUCCAUCAGUGUCCCAGUGCCAGCCACAAUGUCAGCAACAGUGCCAGGCUCAAUGCACUCCAAUGUACAACCCACCAACCACUACUACCACCACCCAAGCUCCAGUUGUCCAAUACCAACAGUGCCAACCAGUAUGCCAACAGCAAUGUCAAUCUACCUGUGUUCAACAACAACAACCAGCAGCUCAAUGUCAGCCACAAUGCCAACAACAAUGCAAUGUUGCCUGUGAUUCCCCAUCCACUACCACCCAGGCCCCACAAGUGAUCCAAAUCCAACUCGAGAUCCAACAAGCUCAAGCUCAAUGCCAACCACAGUGCCAGCAACAAUGCCAAUCUUCAUGUGUCCAGCAACAGCAACAAUCCAACCAGUGCGAGCCAGCUUGCAACACUCAAUGCUCUGAUAUCUGCCAACAAACUGCUCAGGCUACCCAACAAGUCUACAACCAGAACAUGAACCAGAACACCAACACUCAAAUGUACAACCCAUACAAUACCAACACCAACCAGAACGCUAACUGCGCUCCAGCUUGCCAACCAGCCUGCGACAACUCCUGCACUUCCCAGCAGACUCAGCCAAUGUACCAACCAUACGACACCACCACUGAAGCUCCAGCUCAAGUCAUCCAGAUUGUUCUCCAGACUUCUGUUGCUCAAUCAUCCCAAUGUGCCCCACAAUGCGAACAAUCCUGCCAACAGCAAUGUGUUCAGCAACAACAGCCAGCUGCCCAGUGCCAAACUGCCUGCCAAUCAUCAUGCUCUAACUCAUGCCAAGCUGCUCAACCAGCAACUACUGCCUGCCAGCAGAGCCCACAACAGAGCUCCUGCUCUUGCCAAGCUAACUACUCUCCAUGCGGAAAUGGACAAUGCUGCCGCAGAAAGUAAUUUAAUUGUUCCUGAUUCUUGAUUUUUGUAUAUACCGAAACAAUUCAGUUUCAAUAAACGCAUAACUUUUU